UCAGCGGCUGCCGCGCCUGCCUCUGCGACGCCCGCGCUCACGCGCUCAGACUCCAUUGUCAACACAUCUAUGGCUAGUUGAUUUAAUGAACAUUCCAAUUUAAUCAUGAAGUUCCCAACUCUUUUGAUUUAUGCUGCACUUUUGCUGCUCAUUCUUCUAACAGUGAGUUGUGAAUGUAAACAGAAGAAGGGCAAGAAAUCAGAGAAACAAGUACAAUCAAGAGAAACGAAUAUCUUCAACUUCCUAAGGAUAUUGUUCUUGCGACUGGUGUAUGGCAUUGCAACGUCACUGGGUUUCGGAGAAUCAAUUUCCAACUUCUGGGGAGGUGCUUUUGUUCCUCCAGGAGUGCAAGAUGAUUAUGAUGACUAUGGUUUUGAUGAUGAUUUCUAAUAUAAAGGACAAUCUGUUACUCUCAACUACCAUCAAGUAUUAUAUAAAGCCCAGUGAAAGACUGUGAAGCAUGUAUAUAAUUGUUUUAUAUUUAUUGUGAAUAGAUGUGUAUAUAAAUUAACUCAUCACCAAAAUAUUAAUGUAAAUAGAAAGAUUAAGGAGGAAAGGAACUGAAGUAUGAUCUAUUGGGAGAGAAAUAAGGAUAAAGCCAGAGAAGAAGUAUACAAUCAGUUAUUUAUAUACAAUAUAUUCUAUAAGUAUAUAGAAAAAAUAUUAUCCCAUUUUCUACAAUUUGCACAUAUUUUAGUCAACAAUGAUACAUUGUAGGAACAUUUAAGAAGUAAUACAAUCUUGGAUUGAAAUAAACAAUAUCUCUGCUCAAUUAACACUACUGCUAAAUAAAUUACAUAUUUUUAAAGAAUCCAAUACAUUAAUUAUUACACAAUAUGCAAAUUUAACAUUAGAAAUACAUUAAUACCAACUCAUUUCUAGAGCAGAUAUGUCAGAAAUGUACAUCAGAUGAUUUGUGUGUCAUUAACUGCCUCACAAGUUAACUGUACACAAUUUUGUUUGACCAAUUUAUGCUCACACAAUGACACUAUUUAAUUACUAAUAUCUUUUUUGAGAAAUAUUACAAAAGAAAAUUAUUACUAAUAUUAAGAAUGUUCUUAUGUCUUAAUAGUAUACUAAUUUCUUCUGAGCAAAAUACAGUAUUUAAUUAAUUUACAAUAAAAAUAUUUCC